AAAAAUUUCAGUUUGACCCAAUCUCCACUUUACCCUGUGGCGACACUGCCUUAGUUAUUGUUAGCGUUGAUCUUACACUCAAAGGCCUUUCGUUGUCUCCAUAUCCCUACCAUUGUGUCCCCCUAACAAUGAAGUCCAUGCAUGAUAUCUGCAAAAUUUGGUAUGCUUUCUAGAAAAAGAAAAAAAUCCUAAAACACUUUCUUUUUCAGUUUGACCCAGUCUUUGAUUUAUCCUAUGGCAACACUUCCUUAGUUUUUUGUCAACGUUUAUUUUUUACUCAAUAGCCUUUCGUCGUCCCUAUAUCUCUACCAUGUUGUCCCCUUAGCAAAGAAGUUCAAGUAUGAUAUCUGGGAAAUCUGUUUUGCUUUCUAGCGUCGUGCAUGUUGCGGGUAUUGUUAUGUUUUACACCUUUGUUCUUUGUUAAAGAGAAUCCCCAACAACAAAUCUCCCCCACCCUAUUAACAAACCAAACAGAGCGUUGUAGUUUGUGUUUUUUCUUCCUUAAACGACAAUUAAAGCAUUUCUCCCUCCAUCCACUGGCUUAUGCAAGUGCAAAGACGAGAAGAAUAACGAAGUGGAUGGAUGGCUGGCUGGCUGGCUGCGGGCUGUAAAGAAAAACAAAACUCGCACACAUAAUUUGUGCAGCCAGUCGUACGUUAAAACACGUAAACGCAAAUCAAAUCAAAUUAAAUUGAAUUUUCACCUUUUUUUCCUCUCUGGUACAUACAACGUUUUUCAUUUACGUACUAAAUAAACGUCGUCCAACGAUGACGAUGAACAACCAUAACAACAACAAUGACUAUAAUAACAAAUGUAUAAACAGACAGAGGCUAACAGAACGAAAGAAAGCUUGCUUAAGCUUCAAUGAAAAACAUCAGCAGCAGCAACAACAGCAGCUGUAGUAGGCAACAGAAGCAGCAGCUACAGCCGCCACAGCAAUAACAACAACUUGGCCAUCGAACAUGCAAAAGUAGUGAAAAAUUAUCUCUCAAGCGACGAGGCACGCGACGCGAAUGAAAACAGGGCUCUAGCUCUCGCAAGCUAGCACCGCAAUUAUCAUCUACACCAUCAUCAUUAUUAUUAUCAUCUUUAUCUCCAAUAAAGCUUGUAAAUCAAAAGCAACAACAUCAACAACAAUAGCAAAUACCUACAAAUCAAAACGAACAAAACAAAAAAUUUAACACAAAACAAUCAAAGAAAAUGUUCAUCCACACAAAUUGGAAAUGAACAACAACACGCAGUACAACACGGUUGUGAAAAUCUAAACACUAGCAACAACAAUAACAACAAAAAUACAAAUUCAUAGAAAGUGAAUGAAAAAUUGUCUCCUGUUUUUUUUUUAACGAAGAUCAAAUCUCUGCGAUAACUAAUUACGUGGCUGUAAUCAGUGAGUUACUGUUAAGAGAGAAGAAACAAAAAGAAGAGCAGAUAAUUGUUGUGUACCUACUACCACCCUACACUACACCUCACCCAAAGUACAUAUCGUGAAUUUAUUGUUGUCGUCUCAUUUCAUUCAAAAUAAGCACCAACAACCAAAUUAGACUUUUCGCAAACUCAACUCAGUAGCUGUGCAGAAUAUCUUCUAAAUGUGUAAAUCGCCGAAAAUCUUAGAGAACUGAAACUAAACGAAACUUCCUACAACGAGAGUGAAAUAAAUUAUAGAAAAAAAUUUUUUUCCAAAAAUUAGAAAAACAUUUUUUAAACGCGCAAAUUUAAAGCGAACGAAUAGUGAGAAAAAAAAAGAAACGCUUAGAAGAAUUUCAAAACGUUUGGCGUUUUGAGAAUUUUUGAUCAAACAACUUCCACCAAACAAUGUAACAACGGCUAUGAUUGCAACGCUUUUCAUAAUAUUUGCAUUUAUACGGGCGUUUCCCUGGAGAAGAAGGCGUGGCGGUGAUUAUCCAGCCAUUGAAGCAGGAGCAGCAGCAGGUGCUGCCAACGCCGACAAAAGAAGACACCAGCGUGCUUAUAAGGCAAACUCGAACCCACCGUCCCCGAAUGGCAGACAUCAGAAGCAAUACCAAACGGAUUUAGUGCCAAAUAACCCCCAACAACAGCAACAACACCAACAACAACAGGAGUAUGAACAAUCAAGCCAGAGGGCCACCACAAGCACCACCUCAUCCAUAUUAAGCCAAAAUACAGGUGUUGAAGCGCCUUCACGAAAAUAUUCUACGACACGCAGAAAAUCCUCCAAAUACCAUGAAGUGACAUUUAGCGGCAGUGUUGGAGGUGGUGAUUCCGAUUCAGAACACACACCCACCAGCUCACGAGUGGCUCGCCUAGUAAGACAACCGCGUUCAUUGAGCCCAUCCAGAGCCCAUUCGCCCGAUAGUAAUAGCUCGUUGACCUAUUAUCGUUCGGCCACACUGUCCUCGCGUUCCCAUCCAAGCCGAGCUUCGUCGGAUUACGAGACGGCUGCUAGUGAUUUUUAUACAGCCGCUCGUUCAAAGUCUUCGGCUGAAAGUGAUAUAAACGGUUCCUCUGUGCAAAAUCGUGAACGUGAACGCGGUAGUGACCGUGAACGUGAUCGGGAUAGUGAUCGUGGCUUGUCGUCGCUUUCAAACAUUCAUCGCAGUUCUAGCAACGGCUAUCUAAGACACUCCGACACUUUGGUACCCUCGGAUGAGGACGAACGUUUGACCACGACCAGGGAAUCGAGUGAUCCUCAUUUUGGGGACAACGAAGUUGAGGCUGACGAUUCUUACGAUCGUGAUACCGAAGAAUUCUAUAGCAACAUACAAGACGCAGCUGGAACUUCGUCUAGUCGUAGCAAACGUUCGUCACUCUUUUCGCGUUCCGAUUCAUCGGCUACCACAACAUCGUCAAGUGGCUGUACCUUUACCGGAGCUAAACGACGUUCCACGGCUUCGAUUAUAUCGACGUCUAUGUGUUCGGACAUUAUACCCAUCGAUCGUAGGCGUAGUUCAACCGCAACCGAAUAUAGUGUGCGUUCGGUAUCGAAUCAACAGCGUAGAUCGAGUGGCCGCAUCAGACGUCAUAUAUCCAGAAUGACAAUUGCCGGGGCCAGACGACGCACCACCGGCAGUUUCGAUGUAGAAAAUGGCCAAAGUGCUCGAUCUCCGCUUGAGGGCGGCUCACCCAGCGCCGGUUUGGUUUUACAAAAUCUUCCACAGCGUCGUGAAUCGUUCUUAUAUCGUUCGGAUUCCGAUUUUGAAAUGUCACCCAAAUCAAUGUCCCGCAACUCAAGCAUUGCUAGUGAAAGGUUUAAAGAACAGGAGGCCUCCAUCCUGAUUGACAGAUCCCAUGGCGAGGAUCUCAUAGUGACACCAUUUGCCCAAAUUUUGGCGAGUUUACGUUCGGUGCGCAACAAUUUAUUAAGUCUGACAAAUGUUCCGGCAACCAACAAAUCUAGGCGACCAACCCAAACAUCAAUGGGCCGAUCAUCGACGGCGGGCAUUAUACUGAACCAGGGCGAUGAGGCGUACACGCGUUUGGCCACCGAUACCAUAGAGGAGCUAGACUGGUGUUUGGAUCAAUUGGAGACAAUACAGACACAUCGUAGUGUCUCCGAUAUGGCAUCGCUUAAGUUCAAACGUAUGCUUAACAAGGAGCUGUCACACUUUAGUGAGUCCAGCAAAUCAGGAAAUCAAAUUUCGGAGUAUAUUUGUUCAACAUUUUUGGACAAACAACAAGAAUUCGAUUUGCCCUCUAUGCGCCUGGAAGAGAAUACAGCACCGGCGCUAGAGCAUAAUAUAACGGCGGCAAAUCAACAGCGCAGUCGUUCGCCACGUGGCCCGCCCAUGUCCCAGAUAUCUGGUGUUAAACGUCCUCUAUCGCAUACUAAUUCAUUUACCGGCGAACGUUUGCCCACCUAUGGUGUGGAGACAACACACGAGGCGGGCCUCGGUACACAAUUGGCCGAAUUGGAUACAUGGGGCAUAGAUAUAUUUAAAAUAGGCGACUUGAGUAAUCAUCGUCCGCUGACCUGUGUGGCAUACACAGUAUUUCAGAGUAGAGAAUUAUUGACCAGUCUUAUGAUACCACCGAAAAACUUUCUUAAUUUUAUGAGCACUCUGGAGGACCAUUAUGUUAAAGACAAUCCCUUUCACAAUUCAUUGCAUGCGGCCGAUGUAACGCAAAGUACGAAUGUCUUAUUGAAUACUCCCGCACUGGAAGGUGUCUUCACGCCCCUGGAAGUGGGUGGUGCAUUGUUUGCUGCUUGUAUACACGAUGUUGAUCAUCCUGGUUUAACUAAUCAAUUUUUAGUUAAUUCAAGUUCCGAAUUAGCCUUAAUGUAUAAUGACGAAUCAGUUUUGGAAAAUCAUCAUUUAGCUGUUGCCUUUAAAUUAUUGCAAAAUCAAGGAUGUGAUAUAUUCUGUAAUAUGCAAAAGAAACAACGCCAAACACUAAGAAAAAUGGUUAUUGAUAUUGUACUAUCGACCGAUAUGUCCAAACAUAUGAGCCUUUUGGCUGAUUUGAAAACUAUGGUAGAAACUAAAAAAGUUGCCGGAUCUGGUGUACUACUGCUGGACAAUUACACAGAUCGUAUACAGGUUCUUGAAAAUCUUGUCCAUUGUGCCGAUUUAAGUAAUCCAACCAAACCAUUGCCACUCUACAAACGUUGGGUUGGCUUACUAAUGGAGGAAUUCUUUUUGCAAGGUGACAAAGAACGCGAAUCGGGCAUGGACAUUAGUCCAAUGUGUGAUCGUUAUAAUUCGACGAUUGAAAAGUCGCAGGUCGGCUUUAUUGAUUACAUUGUACAUCCACUCUGGGAAACUUGGGCCGAUUUGGUACAUCCAGAUGCUCAAGAUAUAUUAGAUACGCUUGAAGAGAAUAGAGACUAUUAUCAGAGUAUGAUACCACCAUCACCACCACCAUCACAGGCCGAUGAGCAGUUAGCAUCGAAUGACGACAAAAUAAGGUUUCAGGUAACCCUUGAAGAGUAUGAUCAAGAGAAUUUAGCUGAACUAGAGGAGGGCGAUGAAACUGCUGCCGAACGUGGUGAUGAUGUGAUCAAUGCUCCUGACACGAUGACCACCGCGGGUGAUAAUAAACCGUCGGGGAGUCAAAAUCAACCGCAUCACGCUGGAAUGUGACGGAGAGUCGUGGGACUAUGCCGAAAAAUAACUGAAAAGGCGCAAAAUUUUUUGCUUAUACGUUAGUGACUUUAACCAAAAAAAAAAACAACAAAAAAACCUACAAAAACAACAACAAAAAAAGAAGAAAGAUACACACAAAACUACAACAAAAUGAAAAAAUAACCAAAAAAUCCAAAAAAAAAUCUUAAAAAAAUAGAAUUUCUUCAUCUAAAACAUCAACACACAAAACAAGCAGACAGACAGACACCAAAACUCCCAGAACUCUUUACAAAGCUAACCGAAAGGGUUGAACACACACACACACAUUUUUUCAUUCUUAAGACAAUGCUAAAAUAGCAAUUUAAACAACUAAAACAAAAAUAGUUAAGAUUUUACUUUUUUCUUACAACAACCUAAGAGAAGAUGAUACAAAACAUAGAUUUUUUUCGAUUUAAGUUUAUAUGGAAGAAGAAUAAGAGCAGCAAAAAAACAUUUUCUUUUUUAAUAACCGAAAAAAACAAACAAUACAAUUUUUAUGAUACCGACAAGUUGGCAAAACCAAAACAAAAAUAAUUCAAAACCAAAUAGUAAAAUUUAUGAUUAAUGACACAACAACAAGAACAACAAACAUAAUAAUUGUUUAGGGAAAAUUUCAUUUGAAAAAACAAAAAAACCGUAUAUAUACAUAGCUAAAAAAACCAUCAGAAAGAUAAUUUUUAAAGUAAAUGCUUCAAACCAAAUGAAACAACAAACCACAACAACAAUAUCAAUUUUCCUCAAAUUUGUUGUAAUUUUUAUUUAAUUUUUUUCUAAAGCCUUAUGAAUUCGUAAUUAUUUAUAUAUAUAAAUUAAAUUGUUAUAAUUUCUUUAUUUGAUUUCAUUUUUUUAAAUAUUGACAAACCCCAAGGAGUAAAGAAAUGUAAAACCAGAAACUAUGAAAACUACCAUACACUAGACUAGACCUUACGUUCUCUAUAACAUGCGUACACAAUACAGAAAACUGUUAUACUGACCUCUUUGACAAAACACACACACUAUGACUAUGACCAAGACUAUGACAUUUGACAACAAAGUAAAAAAAAAACGAAACUUCUAAACCAAGAAAAUUAAUGGAUAUAACAAAAAUGAAACUCAUUAGCAUCACACUACUUUAUAAAUAAACAGUUAGAACAUACCUACCAAGCAUAACUUGUUAAGCAAGCCAGCAUGUUGUUUUUAAAUUUGUUUAAAUAUUUAUGAUUUUUUAUCUGAUGAAACUCAGUUUUCAUAUAGCAAUCGACAAGCAACAAGCAGAAAACAAUGUUUGCUUCUUCUUUUUAUAUAUAUAUAAAUAAUUUUUAUUAUUAUUAAUAUUAUUGUAAUUUAAAAAAGGAAACAAAGAAAACUGUUAUACUUUUGUUUUAGUUUCUAAAUAAUUUUAAUAUUAAAAUUUGUUUGCAUGCCUUUUAAAGAGAAAACGAAAAAACUAUUUUUAAAAAUCCUAAAAACACACAAAAUAUAGCAAAAGGAAUGAUGAAAAAAAAAAACAAAUUCAAUAUACCCAAAACAAUUUGUUGUUGCUAUUAUUAUUUAAUUUUUUUAUUCUUUAGAUUUUUAAGUUCAAGUCAAGAACACUUUUUUAUGGGUUUUAAGAAAAGAAAAAAACAAAGCAAACGGACAGGAAACAGGUAUUACACCCAGUAAAAAAGAAAUCAAAAACUAUUUCAAGAAACAGGAAAGCAAAUUCAAAAUUUUAUCAACAAUAGGAAAUAUAGAAACAGUUAUACAAAAUAUUUCAGACUUAUGGAUUAACUGUUAUACAAAUGAGAACUUUAACUGGCACAAUAAAAAUCAUUUGAAAUCGUCAA